GCCCUGUUUCCCACAGUUUCGAUCACCGCCAGCUCUCCCCCGAAACCUCCGUAUAAGAUAUCGAGAUAUUAUCUCGCUCUGUCUAUUUGGUGAACCACUGAUCUCGGCUACCCACUCACGCCGUCGCCAGGUCCCCUAGACUAUCCUCGCCAGCGAUUCAUAAACAAACGUCACCAUGGCAUCUAAACCAGCUAUUCCUUCAGCUCCAACAACCGCUGGACCCCCGUCCACAUCGCGCAGGCAGCCUAUGCGUCAAGCCCGCACUACUCGGAAGAAUGCCUCGAACUCCAAACUAGGCCGAGGGACAACAAACGGAGUGAACGGCCAGAGCACACCCUCAAACGCGCCUCCGGCGAAAUUCUACCCCGCCCUUUCACAAUUUACCGACGCAAUAGAUGCCUUACCAUCCGAGACGAUACGACAUUUCACACUACUCCGCGAAGUUGAUGCGAAAGCUUGUGGGCCAGAAACAAACCUCCGAGCGUUGAUUGAGUCCGCCCAGUCGCUACCGCCCCCCGAAGACCCGUACGAGGUUGACCCUGCAAUCGAGGCGUUAAAGACCCUUGAGGGACUACAACAGCGAAGAGAUGACUUCACUGCUGAUGCAGGGCAGUUGGAGACACUUCACCAUCUAGAGACGACGCAGGCCAGCGAGGGUCCAGGGUCAAAAACAAUCCUUGGGCACCCAGAGACGCGGCGAGCCAGAUGUGCACAGAUACGGGCGCAGAUCGCAGAUCUGCUCAAGACCCAGGAUGAGAAAAUUCACGUCAUCACUACUGCGAAUGAGGCGUUGCAAAAGCACCUUCAGCGAAUCGAGCAUACCUUCGGGUAUGUACAGAUGGAAAUACCAGGCACGUAUCGCCUGGGAAGCACAGAGCAUUGGGCAUACAAGGAUCCAGUCAAGAAGGGUACACUUGCGGCACAGGCUAGAGCUGCUGAGAAGGCACAGAAGGAGGCGGAGGAACGGCAUAAUCAACAACAACAACGAGAGAUAGAAACCUCUAAUACUCGUUCAGAAACAAGGCGCGAAGCACUUGCAAGACAGAAAGCCGCUGCCGCUGCCGCCGCUGCCGCCGCCGCUCUAAAUGAUGAAGAGGAACAAUCCACACGGGAGCAAAACAGUCAACAAACUCAGCCUGUCAAGAAGCUUCAUGGUAACUCUAAGAUUAGGAAAGAGCAAGAAGCUUUGGCCUCGGCAAAGCGUAUGGCAGAACAUCAAUCCGCGACUGGAACUGGUGGGAUGGUUCCAGCGUCUAGUCCCGCGGUACCUCCGCAGCAACCAAAGCGGCGGAAAACUACCAAUAAUAAUAAUACAAAGGAAGGGCCAGGCCCAGCUACGGCUCCAAACGCAAUAGCGGGUGAUAAGCCACCCACUAGGGGGGGCAAGUCAGGUACUGCAACCGGUGGGGGUAGGGGAGGGCGAAGUAGGCACCCGGGAGGCCCUGCAGCAUCGCCUAACCUUGCAUCCUCACCAACCCACUCAGUCUUCCCCACAUCUGCGGGGUUAGGGAAAGAAGUUACUUCAACCACGACCGGGAAGACCUCAGACAAACAACUCGAUAACAACUUAUUCCCCCGACCUCCCGAACCCGCCAAACCAUUCAGUGGUAGCAAGGCUGGAAAAAAGGAUAAGGAUAAGGAUAAGGAUAAAGACAAAGACAAGGAGAAGGAAGUCGAGAAGGGGAUUGGUAAGGAUGAGAGCAAGCGGGCUUUCGGGGGUGCCCCAGGUAAAGAAGGUAAACUUACCAUAUCUACCCCAGAUACUCUUGCCCUUGCCGGGAAGCCCGCGGAGGAUGUGAAAGAUGUUGCUAGUGAGGAUGUCACCAUGUCAGGUACGAGCGAAAAGCCCCCCAUGUUCCCACCGGCAGAGUUGGGGGCGUCAAAGAACAGUUCCAUGGUUAGCGAGCCCUCGGAGAAGCCCAACAAGAAGAAGGAAGCCGCCGGAGCAGAUAUAACAGAGGGGUCCUGCCCGGAGGAAUUACCGAGAAAAGACUCAGAGAGGAGGCAUUCGGAGGCUGGCGAGAAAGAAAAGAAGCGCAAACGAGUCGCCCAUGAUGACCACGAUAAUGUCCCAUCUUCUGCUCCCCCGACAGUUACCGAAGAGAAGAACAAGUCUCACCAAGCGCCAUCAUCUUCAUCUGUCAAGGCUCGCCCAUCAACAUCAGACGGUGUCCCAACUGCCGCCGCACAAACCCCCUCAUCUAACAAACGACAGCAGCGCAAACGUGCCGAUUCUUCUGCUGCUGCUAUGAGCAGUGCCAAAUUGAAAGUAGAGGAACCAGAAGAAGAGCCACCAGCAGCAGAAGACGAUGCGGAUGCAGAUGCAGAGGAAGAUGCCGAUGAGGAUGAGCCAGUCUAUUGCUACUGCCAACAAAUCUCAUACGGCGAAAUGGUAGCCUGUGAUGGAGAGAAUUGUCCAAGGGAGUGGUUCCAUCUUGCCUGCGUAGGGCUCUCCCAGGCGCCCAGGGGCAAAACAAAAUGGUACUGUAGCGACUGCAAGGAGGGCAUGACCAGAGGCCGAAGGCUUGGUAGUAAGGCAUAGAAUUGGCUAUGUAUCAAUCGAAAAUUGCAUUGGUGGCUCACUUCUUCCAGUUUCCUUUUGUCUCCCCCGCCCUUGCUCGCUUGGUAUCGACUGCAUACUUUCCUUGAUACUAUCUGCUCCUUAUGCCCCAUGUGGUAGCGCGUUUGUACUUAUAUCAUGCCUUUGGCAUUUCUGGCUGGAAGCGUGGCGCUGGCGAAUAGACUAUAUCCGAAAAGUUGCAAACA